AAAUGAUAUUCAAAAUAAAUUAAAUUCAUCACAUACAUAAUUAUAUUUUAUGAUCCAGAAUUUGUGUUAAAUUUUUCAUAAAAUUUAAUAAAAAAUUUCAAGUUUUUUCUUUACUAAAAUGUACAUAUUGAAACAAUGGUAAAUCGUUCAAAUCGCUGUUCAAAUGUGUUAACCGCAUCUAGAACAUCUAGUUGCACGGAUUAUAUAUAUCACUGCUGCCCAAGAAGUUGCAUUAAUACGUGUUGUCGAGAUCAGUGUGAAUUUAUAAACAAUCGAACUUAUACAACUUUAAGAAAAAUUUGUCACAAAAUCUUUAAGGACUACAAUCGUUCUCAGUGCCGUGAAAAAUAUACGGUAUUUGAUGGUGGCAAUAGUAUCAAUGUCAGAAUACACCGAUCAGGUUCUCGUGACGAUGGAAAUAAUAAAGAUCAGAGAUAUGAAAAAUCUAGUGAAGAUCGUUACCGAUUACAUAGUAUAAAGAAAGAUGGUGUUGGUCAGGAGUCCAGAGGAGACAAACUUUUUGUAAGGAAGGAAGGGAAAGAUGAAGAGAAAUUUAAUUUUGAUGUCAAUGUAUCUAAUCGUGAAAAGACGAUGAGAAGUAAGAGUAAAGAAGCUGGGGAAGAAGUAAUAGACUAUUACGAUAAAAGAAAUCAAAAAUGGAAAAGUAGCAAGCGUAGGGAGAGGGAAAGCAACGGGUACGAUGAAAAUGAUCCUGGCAAAACAUUGAAAGGAAGAGAAAAGUUUUUUCAUGGAAUUGGUAAAAAAGGCAACAGAAAUAAUGUUCCCGAUAUCAAUGAUAGAACCAAAGAAGAUUUCAUAAAUAAAAAGAAGGAACAAUCCUCGAGAGUUAACAGUGGCAAUUUCAGAGAUGAUAGUGAAUCAGAUGAAAACUACAAUGAAAAAGAAAGGUUUGGAAACCGUGAUAGCAAAAAGAAAGAAAAGAACAGUAGAAAUCUAAAGAAAGGAGAACCAACUUAUAAAGAACGUGAGUUAAGCCCAUCUGAAAUGGAUAAUACAAAAACUAAAAAGGGGAAGAAUAAAUAUAAGAAAGAUAAAGAUGGAGCAGAUAUUGGAAGUGAUGAUGCAUAUACUAAAAAAAGAACAUACGGAAAGGGAAAUACAAAUAAAUAUAUACAAGAUAGAGAUGGUGCUGAAAUUGGUAGUGAUGGAGAAUAUACUCAAAAGAGAACAUACGGAAAGGGAAAUAAAAAUAAAUAUAAGAAAAAUAAAGAUGGUGCGUAUAUAGAUAAUGAUGAUGAUUAUACUCAUAAGAGAGCAUACGGAAAGGGAAAUAAAGAUGGCAAUUUCGAAAAUACUACAAGAAAUGUGAGUAAACGGAGUUCGAGAAAAUCAAAAAGUCAUAAUAAAAAUCGCAAAACAUCAAGAAAUGUCAGGCAAGAUAAAUAUCGCAAGUCCCAAGAUUUCGAUGAUAUUAAUAAGCCCAAAGGAAAGAAUUAUCGUAUUGUUACUAAUUUACAUGCUAAAGUUCGACGAGGAGACAAUAUUGGUCUUAAUAAUGAAUCGAAUUUUAAUCAAAUAAGAAAGUUGCAAGGAUUAAUGUUUAAAAAAACGGAAUCUCUUCAAUAUAGAUAUACCAAACCAUCACGAGCUGAUGAAGUUAAAGCAUGUGACUAUUUACGAGCACUCAUGGAACAGCGUGAUUUAUGUAGUCAGUUGACUUGCCCUCAACAUUCAAAUCAAUUUGGCCCCCAUAUAUGCAUUUCCCAGACAUGUAAUUCAAGUUGUUGCGCAAAAACUGUUAUUUCAUGCUUUUCGGAAUCUUGCAAAUGUUAAAAUAUUUAAUUUUUUGUUACUUUCCAUUAAAUGUCAUUGUUUCGGAU